UCCCCACCAGAGGAACCGAGGUCCCUUAAAGCCCAUGUAUGGCUUAAACCCUUCGAGUCCAUGGUGCUCCACCGCUCUUACCCUGUGAGAAAAGUCUCUACACUCUUUUCUAGUUGAAUCAUGCAAAAUCAGUAGUAAUCUUUCCCCUUAAACCUCCAAAAUCAGAAUUGUUCUUUUAUUGGCCUAAUUGAUCACUUAAUCAAUCACCAAUGUUUCCUUUCUUCAACCACUUCCCUUUCCAGCCCAAUGCUAAUGCCAACCCUCCUUCGGCUGCUCAACAGCAGGUUUUGGGUAACAACCCCGGUAAUUUUGCCCCAAACCCUGUUCAAAUUCAGCCACAAAUGGGGUUAAUCAACCCUCAAGCAAGCAUCCCAUUCAGCAAUCCAAGUGCCCAUUUUGGUCCUAACCAAAUUAUGAAUUUUCCCGUUGCUAUGAACCAAAUGAAUAAUAGGAGCAGUUCUCAGUCAUGGCCUCAAAUUUUUGGUCAGAAUCUUAAUUUGGGCUUCCCAAACCAAAUGCAUCCAGAUAUGAAUCGAAUUUUCCAACUGCAAAUGUCAAAUUUCAGCGCUCAAGCUGUACCUGUCAACCUUAGUCUUGCUCAAAAUUCUGCGUUUAUUGCGAACACCCAGCCUUCCGAUCUUAAUCUUUCUCAGAAUCUUGCCUUUGUUGGGAAUACCCGGCCUGCUGGUAUUGGUCUUCCUCAAAAUAUUGCCUUUGCGGCGAAUUCCCAGCUGGGCUUUGUGGGUUCUGGUGGUGUUGUGCAACAGAUGGCGAACUCUAAUAAUGGGACACAUAAUGCUACUCAGCAAUUGCAAGGGAUUUCAGGUUCAGUGCAGGGCUUUGGUCGCACUCCUCCCUCCCAAAAUCAGACAAUUUGCCACUUUCAGCCUUCAAAAUUUCAGGGUGACCUAAAAAAUGGAAUGGGGACUUGUAUGAUGAGGAAAAAUGGAAAAAGUCCUCUCCACAAGAAUUGUAAGAGGAAUUCAAAACAUGAAUCACCACGAAAUGGAUUUCUGAAGCCCAAGUUCGAUAGAAUGCAAAAUGCUAAAAGAAACUUCAAUUGCCCUGAUAUGUGGUUAAGAAGAGGAAAUGGGAAUGCUGGGGAAAGACAUAUCUCUGCUGUAAAUUCUUCCAUCCAAGCUCAAGUUAAUAAAAAGAGACCAAUGUCUUUGACCUACUCUGAAAAAGAAAUCCAGGACUGGCGUGAAGAAAGGAAGAAAAAUUACCCAUCAAAAGCAAAUAUGGAGAAGAAGUUAAUGGAAAAGCUGACAAAGCCAGAAGUCAGUGACAAGGUUGCCAAACUGCGGCGCCAGCAACUCAAAGAGAUUUUGGCAAAGCAGGCUGAGUUAGGUUGUGAAGUAGCUGAAAUACCAUCAUCCUAUUUGUCAGAUUCAGAGCAGCAAGUGCAUGAAAGCAAAGAAAGCACAAGGACUUUCAGCAAGAAGAGAAAUUUCCAGAACAAGUUCAACAAAAGAGGAAGAUUUAAUCAAAAUGACUGCUUCUCUAAAAUGGAAGCUGUUGCAAACCAUGAUUCAUUUAAUGCAAAUAACCACAAUGGUCGCUUGGUCAAGCAAAGAUUGGCAAAUGAUAACUUGAUUAGCCACCGUUCGGCAAGUAAAAGGGAGCCUACACUAUUGCGGAAGCUUCUCGGUUCAGAAAUUAGGAGGGAUAGGCACCACCUAUUCCAAGUUUUCAGGUUCAUGGUAAUUAACUCUUUCUUUGAUGAUUGGCCUGAAAAGCCUUUGGAAUUUCCUGUGGUGAUGGUCAAGGACAUAGCAGAUGAGGAUGAACUGUAUGAGGGGAACCUUGUGAAGGAAAGGAAAGAUGGUAGUGAAGGCAUUCUGGGGAAAACUGAAGAAUCAACUUCCAGCGAUGAUCUUAAUGAUGACAACCCCACAGGAAAGGAAAAGCCUACAGGGUUGCUCGAGGUAGUUAAUUCUGGUCAGGCGACGGGCUGUUUGGGAGGAGGAGAAGCUCAAGAAGAGGAAGGAGAAAUAAUUGACUAAUUUCUCUUUUUUAUUUCUUGAUGUGUCAUUUGAAAUAUCUCAUGUAUAUGGUGGUUUUCUAUUGUUUAAUUUUGCCUCAAGGAGUUGAAUUUGAUUUUGAUUUCAAUGCAAGGCAAUAUGAACAACAAACAGCUAUGAGAAAUCUAAGGUAUUACUUUACUUUUCUCUAA